GUUAUGGUCAGUCUCUCAGUGAGCGUCUUGUGAAGUUGUUAUGUUUUGAAUACAUUAAAUCAUAACGACCAAUGAGAGUGUCAAUAGUACAGGAUAUUUAGACAGAUAGAAAUAUCAGAAACUUGUGUACAUUAGUGUAAAUACCAAAGAAGUUAUGGAAGUGACAAGGCCUUGGACAUUGACGAACACGCACGAGUAUUGAGGGAAUUAAAUUACGACGAGGUUUUAACUAAUUGAAGUCAUCAGUAAACACCUGAUAUGAAUGCCGACUAAGUGAUUAUCUAACUUCCAACACGAGACAGCCGAGAGUCUGACGGACCAUGACGAUGUCGACGCCUGUAACCGGAGUGGUGCGACAAUAUGCGGCGGCCAUGGCAGCUGGACUGUCGAUGUUCAUCCUGGGAAACUGGGUGUCCUGGCCUUCCCCAGCUGUGAAGCACAUCCUGGCUGGAGACACCAAGCUGGACAUCUCUCCUGUCCAAGUAUCCUGGGCAGUGGCUCUCCUGGACCUGGGCAACAUCAUCAGUCCCAUACCUUCCAGCUACGUCACCAACUACCUGGGUCGCAAGGUCACCCUCAUCAUCUUGUCCUUCGUGUUCUUCCUCACCUGGCUGCUAGCCAUCUUCGGCACCACCGCCUACUACCUCUACACAGCCCGCUUCCUAGUGGGUCUCAGCAAGGGGUUGACCUACAUCGUGGUUCCCAUCUACCUCGGUGAAAUCGCCAGCACCCAAGUAAGAGGAGGUGUCGGAACCAUCUUCGGUGGAAUGAUGGCGUACGGAAUGCUCUUUGAGCUCUUAAUCGGCUCGUUUGUCGAUUACGACACGCUCAACAUAAUCUCAUCUCCGUUUCCAGUGUUGUUCUUCCUCUUCUUCUUCAGAUUUCCGGAGACUCCCUACUUUUUGCUGAUGAAAGGGCGAGAAGACGAGGCAAAAAAAUCCUUGGCGUAUUUCCGUAGUUCAAAAGAGGACUCGACAAUACUGCAGCAAGAGCUUAAACAAAUUUCAAAAAAUGUUUCGGAAGACUCAAAGAAGACCGGAGGUUACAUGGAUUUGGUGAGUUCUCCGAGCACCAGAAGAGCCACUCUGAUUUCAGUAGGACUUGCGACAAUUCAACGGCUGAGUGGGUGCACCAGCAUCAUCGCAUACUCCACAGUCACCUUGCCCCCCACUGGAGGAUACUUCAGUCCUGACGUUUACAUGAUUAUAUUUGCGGUCGUAAUGAUCAUCGGACUAACUAUCUGCACCACUCUGAUAGACAUGUUCGGACGUAAGCCUCUGCUGAUCAUCUCCAGCGUAGGCUGCAUGAUAGGCACUGGAGUCACCGCUGUGUUCUACUGGAUGUCCACAUUCACUGACGUCACAGCAUACAACUGGGUGCCGUACUUCGGCAUUAUCUUCUACAGUAUCAUGUUAUCAAUCGGAUUAGGCAACAUCCCGCCUGUCAUCACUGUCGAGCUCUUUCCCGCCAACUUAAGAAGCCAUGCUAAUGCGCUCACUGCAGUUUUUUACGCACUUUCCUCUUUUAUCACAAACAAAAUGUACCUCCAAGUAAAAAUGUCAAUCGGUGUUCACUACAUGUACUUGUUUUUCAUGAUUUGCUCAUUCAUCGGUGUUAUUUUCACAAGCUUUGUCGUGUUUGAAACUAAAGGGAUGACUUUCUCGGAGAUUCAAGAUACGCUCAAGAAGAAAACACAUUGUGAAAGUGAAAACAUUCCGGUUGCAGCGAAUAUGCAAACUCUGAAAACAUCUUAUGGUAUUUAAAUUACUUUAAAUUUUGAGAAAGCUUUAAUUUAGGAAAACAUGGAAUCUUUAAUAGCAUCUUGUAAGAUAUUUACCAAAGACUAAAGUGAUACAAAAACAUAACUAAUAGAAUUAAGCUUACAAAAAAUACACCAAGCGGUAUUUUAAUUAAGCAUGGUUAAGAGAUGGGUAGUUCCAAACAUUAAAAAAAUUUAAAUUUUAACCUUAGACAAAUAUAUUUUAAGAUCUUGUGUCAAGGCAAUCUAAGUAUUAGUGAUUACUCCAAAAAUAUUUAUAAUAAACUACUCUAAAAGUGUUUGUAUGUGGCUAUGCAUUAAAAUAAAUAUUCAAGCACAGCUUUACAAAUUAAUUGUUGUAAAAUAAUACGAUCUUAUUCUUAGUUAGUAAUAAUUUAUUUUGGACACUGAAAGAAGUAGAAGAGGUAUUCUUAGAUAUCUGAACAUUUUUGCAAUAACUAACAUUAAGUAAACUAUCAUCACUUGGAGAACAAUUUUAACCAGAUGACUUUGAUACUUAAUUAGAACAGUUAAAUUCAUAAAAAACAUUUUGAAAAAGUUAUAAUUUUAUUUCAGAUAGGUACUAAACAUUGUGUUUUGUAAGCGGUAUGUUUUAGAGAAUAAAUUUAUGUCCACCAAACUUGCGAGGACAACUUUUUGCUGCCCUGUGUUUAGCCACCAUCUGCUAUCCCAACUAAAACUGAGUUUCAUCAUGAAGGCUUUGUUCUAAAUGAUAAACAAUUAGUUACUAAACAAUACUCAGCUCUCAACUGUGCGUUUCUACGUUUGAGAGCAACU